AUGAGAGCUACCUAUAGGUCAGAUCCUACAUCUAUAGGAGAAACACUCGCCUUCUUCAACACCAUUCCCAAAUGCGCAGGGAUCCUCUCUCAACCUGACCUAAGGGUCAUCCACCCGCGCAACCCAGACGCCUUUUUCCACUCGACCCUCAGAUCCAACAACGGAAUCCUCAAGUCAAUCUUCAUUUACCAGCCGGCUCACCCUCAUACCAGAGCAUCGGAUGUUAGUUCAAGUGAGACCAACGCAAACGCAACUCCACAAGAACGAGAGCAGGAGGGAGGACGAGAACGAGGCUACCUCCUCCUCCACCUCGGCGCCGGCGUAUCAGGGCAGCCCGAUAUCGCGCACGGCGGGUUCCUGGCUACAGUCCUGGACCAGGUUACUGGGACUUUGAUCCGGGCGAGUGGGUUAGAUCGUGGGCGGGGAGCAGUCACGGUUUAUUUGAAUGUGAUUUAUAAGAAACCGGUGAGGGUUCCGGGGGUUGUUGUUGCGAGGGCGGAGGUUGGGAGGGUGGAUGGGAGGAAAAUUUAUGUGAUGGGGGAGAUUUCUGUUGCUGAGGCAGAUAGGGGAGGGGAAGGGGAGGGGGUUUGUGUGGUUUGUGAGGGGAUGUUUCUCGUUAAGAGGGAUGGUUUUGGUAGGAUUUGA